AUGUACUCUAUCAAUUCUAGUCAGCCAUGUAUUCAAAGAGACUACGGGUAUGGGUCAACAGUUUGUGUCUGUAAUGUCACACAUUGUGAUGAUUUGGAUCCACUCGUGAAGACACCCAAAGGUGUGGUCACUGUCUUCGAGACGAGUAAAAGUGGCGAUCGAUUCGUGAAAACAGAAUUGAAAUUCGGAGACAAUUCUGAGUUUAAUGCAAACAAAUCGCAGACAAUAACUGUUGACAAAAGUAAAGGCGUUUAUCAGAAGAUUGUGGGUUUUGGGGGCGCCUUCACAGACGCCGCCGGACUUAACAUCAAAACUCUUCCCGAAAAACUACAAAACCGUAUAAUUAGUGACUAUUUCUCUAAAUCCGGAAUUGAGUACAAUUUGGGACGCAUUCCCAUCGGAGGCUCAGACUUCUCGACCCAUGCCUACAGUUAUGACGACAAUAAUAAAGAUGACUUUGAUUUCAAACACUUUAGUUUGGCGAAAGAAGACCUUGAUUAUAAGAUUCCAAUAAUUAAAACAGCCAAACAAAUUAACAGCGAUUUGAGAGUUUUUGGCAGUCCUUGGUCACCACCUGCCUGGAUGAAAAAUAAUUCAGAACUAAACCAUGGUGGAUACUUAAUAGGAGAGCCUGGUGGCAAGUACUAUAAAGCAUACGCAAACUACAUUGUUAAGUUUUUAGACUCAUAUAAGGCAUCGGGAGUUCCUAUAUGGGGCAUAACCAUAGAUAAUGAGCCAUAUGCAGCAUUAUUAACAUCAAAAUUUCCCUGGAAUAGUCUGAGUUUCACUCCAGAAUUUCAACGGGAUUUCAUCAAAAAGGAUUUGGGACCCACUCUGGAGGCGGCCGGUUAUGGUGUCAAUACAACUCAACUUAUGAUAUGCGAUGAUCAGAGGGAUUGGGUUCACACGUGGGCUAACACUAUAUACACCGAUAAAGAUGCGGCCAAAUAUGUAUCUGGAUUGGCGUUUCACUGGUACAUAAAUACUGAUAAAAAUGCCCUAAACUUGGAUUUCGUACAUAAUACCGAUCCCAGCAAAUUCAUAUUGGCUACGGAGGCCUGUGAGGAUUAUACGGGUAAAGAACAGCACGUAUUUCUGGGCAGUUGGCAGACCUUUGAGAGAUACGCCAAGGAUAUAAUUGUCGAUUUGAAACACUGGACGUCUGGUUGGGUUGAUUGGAAUAUGGCGUUGGAUACGGAGGGCGGACCCAAUUGGGCGAAGAACUUCGUUGACGCACCCGUUAUAGUGAACGCCACGAGUCAGGAGUACUACAAAAAUCCCAUUUUCUACGCUAUGGGACAUUACAGCAAAUUCUUGACCCCUGGAUCUCAACGGGUGUUUCAAACACAAGAACCCUCUGUUGACACACUGUUGUCAACCACUUUUGUGCGACCGGACGGGGGAACUGUA